AUGUAUGUCUGGGAAGAGUGUGAGGAGAUCCUGUGUCUUGUGGCACCCCCUCUUGAUCCGGAUACCAAGAUCCUGAACAAUGCGGCCAUUCUUGCUUAUCCGUUUUUGCGAUUGAAGCAAAGGCUUUUGUUCUCAACACAAUCCAGCAGCAUUCAAGCCCCCUCAGAAACCUUGACCAACAUGUUUUACUCACCACUUAGUGGGGACAUAUAUCUCACUGCCAAUUGUCCGGAUGGCUCAUUUCUGUUCCUGUAUUCUGGACCUGUUGAUGACCAGUGUCCAGCCAGUUUCCUGUCUGUACCCCAUGUUCCUGGAAAUCCCAGACCUUCCUCUCCUUCUGCUGAUCGUUUGGUGCCAAGCCGACUGAACACCACUGAAGGUUAUUCAGCAGGAAAUCCAUCUUCAGGAUUCAAUCAUGUGGGAUCAGAAAUGUCCAAGAAAUGCCUGGAAAUGUCUGUGAAACUCGGAGAAGCCUUGGGUUUGGAGCCACCAACAAGGCCCAUUCUCAAGUUUUCGCCGCAGCGUUCGCCAAAACCCACCCGAAAGGAAUGGCUGAAUGCAUUAAGCCCUUCGGGACAUACUCAGCAAGAGGAACCAGUGGUGGUGAAUUUUCAACGUGCUAUGGAAGCAUAUGAAGCAAAAUUUUGUGAUUGGGACCCUAUUCGUCCACAUCGCUUCUCCGGACUGAGCAAGAAUGGUCGCUGGGUGUUCGUUUCCAGUGUGGCACCGUCAAACCUUGACGCGGAGUGGUUUCCGAAUGCUGGAGAAGGGAAUAAAGGCAAAUUACUGGACUUGAAGUACUUAACUGAUGGAAGCGCUUUGGUCGGUUUCGACGUCUGCAAUGGGAGUUUGGCCAAAUUCGAUCUAGAGCGAAAAACCAGAUCAAGUGUGGGAGUCUUGGAAGGCUUUAUGGGAUGCAAAGAUGUGGUGGUGUGCCCGCAUCCCUCCAAUGGACAGCUAAUCGCAUGUGGUGCCGAAAAAAACGUUGCAGGGAAAUUGACCUGCAAGCUUUAUCUGCUGGACCUGAGGAGCGCCAAACCUGCGAUUAUUGUCCAGGAGGAGUCAAAGCUGAAUUAUGCGACUUGUUCGCGAAAGAAUGCGAAAGCCUUCAUGGGAUUCUCUGAUGAAAUGGAAACAGGGCUCGUGUCACCAACGGAAGAAGUUCUGAAGAUGUUUGACUUCCGCGUCCCAACUAGAAGAUCACAAACUAUCGUACAUGGCAUGGGUCGCAUCACGGGAGUCAAGUUUCUCCGUGGAAUCAUGACCUGCAAUUCACUCUUGAGCAGUGCUGGAGGUGUUUCCCUGUUUAAUCUAUCUUCGGGGGAGAAGUUGAAAACUUUUGAAUCUCCCCACCUGGUGGCCUCAAUGUAUGUCUCGGAAGAGUGUGAGGAGAUUCUGUGUCUUGUGGCACCCCCUCUUGAUCCAGAUACCAAGAUCCUGAACAAUGCCGCCAUUCUUGCUUAUCCAUCAUUGCGAUUGAAGCAAAGGCUUUUGUUCUCAACACAAUCCAGCAGCAGUCAAGCCCUCUCGGAAACCUUGACCGACAUGUUUUACUCGCCACUUAGUGGGGACAUAAUUCUCACUGCCAAUUGUCCGGAUGGCUCACUUCUGUUCCUGUAUUCUGGACCUGUUGAUGGUGAGAAAAGUUUCUCGGAUUUUGCCAAGCACAAGAACAGUUCGAAUUUGCAAAGCAGUCGUCGGAGUUCAGUGUCUCUAAGGAAUCCGUCUCCGGUGCCCUUUUCCUCCUUCAGUUGGUGUCGCUAAUGAGGAGAGGGAAUGAGCGUUGUCUUUGUGCAUACUUUGGAAUGAUUAAAGUUGGCUCCAUGCAUGUAUACAGUGCUUUCCAAGGUAUUCCCAG